AUGGCUGAGAAUACUACCAAGACCAUGGCGAUUGGCGACAAGAAUUUAUCGUCAACUGAAAAUUCGAAUUGCAAUACAGACGAUAAUUCAAAUGACCAUGUGAUCUCUGAAAAUGGCGGCGACGAAAACCGGCAGGGUAGUGAGGAUGAAGAUGAAUCGCAGUAUCCAGUGACAUGCCAACUUGUCGUGAUCACAUUCGCCCCGAAUCUAUCCAUGUUCCUCGUUGGCCUUGAAAACACCAUCAUAUCGACGGCGGUUCCGAAGAUCACAGAUCAAUUCCACGCUAUGGACGAUGUCGGAUGGUACGCCAGUGCCUAUCUUCUUACAUGCUGCCAGUGGCAUUUGAUGUGGGGAAGCUUCACACAUUAUACCCCAUCAAGUUUAUAUACAUGA